AUGGUUAAACGCAAGCAACUCAAAGACGGCGACGUCGAUAUGGCCGGCACCGACCCGGCCGUGGGCGGCGACGAGUCCGACGAGGACAUUGACAUGGUCAAUGUGGAAUUCGAAUGGUUCGAUCCCCAAGCGGUGGAUUUUCACGGCAUCAAGCACCUCCUGCGCCAGCUCUUCGACAACGACGCUCAGAUCUUCGACAUGUCCGCGCUAUCGGACUUGAUUCUGUCGCAGCCGCUACUGGGUUCGACCAUCAAGGUCGAUGGCAAGGAGUCCGAUCCGUAUGCUUUCUUGAGUGUGCUGAAUCUUCAGGAGCAUAAGGACAAACCCGUCAUCAAAGACCUCACAACCUAUCUCCACCGCAAAGCCUCGACAAACCCCUCCCUCGCGCCCCUCGCCACCCUCCUCUCACAGACCCCGCCCCCGGCCAUCGGCCUGAUCCUGACGGAACGUCUCAUCAACAUGCCCUCGGAGGUCGUGCCGCCCAUGUACACGAUGCUGCAGGAGGAAAUCGCCUGGGCGUUGGAGGAGAACGAGCCGUACAACUUCUCGCACUAUCUGAUCGUCUCGAAGACGUACGAGGAGGUCGAGUCGAAGCUGGACAUGGAGGAUUCGCGACCGCAGAAGAAAAAGAAGAAGGCUGGCGAGACUGAGCGAUUCUUCUUCCAUCCUGAGGAUGAGGUCCUGGAGCGUCAUGCUCUUUGUGCCGGGUCUAUUGAUUAUACACAUAAGCAUGAUGAUGGACAUUCGGAUUCGAAGCGCGCAUUCCAGGAGCUGGGCAUUCGCACGAAGGGGAGCUUGAUGUUGAUUGAGGGGGGGAAGUUGGGGGGCGCGGUUAAGGAUAUGGUUGAUUAUUUGAAGCCUCCGGUAUAG